CCAGCCGCUCGAGCCCCGACGCGUUCAUUACUGAGAGGCGACGCCGUGACACGCUGCUGCUGCUGCUGCUGCCGUGCUACAGACACCCAGGACAGGACGAACAGACGGACAGGGACCCCGUACACAUCCCGAGUAGUGAACCCGAGACAGCGCUCCGACCUCCGGGCUGCAGGCUCUAGAAGAUCUCCUUCUCUCCUCUUCCUCCUCCAGAAGAAGAUCUCCACCCCGACCAGACGACCCCGCCAGAGGAGCGCUGAUCUCCUCCCAGACACCAGCGCUACUCACUGCCUUCAGGAACCCUUUCCACUCCGGAUCCAGCCCCGCACGGUCCACCGAGCCCCGCCAGAACCAUGUCCGCCCCCGCCGGAGCCCCCGGAGCAGAUGGAGCCAACCAGCCGCCCAACCUCACCAGCAACCGCCGCCUGCAGCAGACCCAGGCCCAGGUGGACGAGGUGGUGGACAUCAUGCGUGUGAACGUGGACAAGGUGCUGGAGCGUGACCAGAAGCUGUCUGAGCUGGACGACCGGGCCGACGCCCUGCAGGCCGGGGCCUCCCAGUUCGAGACCAGCGCCGCCAAGCUCAAGAACAAGUACUGGUGGAAGAACGCCAAGAUGAUGAUUAUUCUGGGUGUGAUUUGCCUGAUUGUCGUCAUCGUCAUUAUUGUGUACUUCAGCACCUAAGAAGAGUUGUUCCUACCCCAGUCUCCACCCACGCCCUCGCAACAACAAACGUCCUCAAAUUGACGACCAAAUUAACCACUGGUGAUGAGUUUAGUUUCCAAUUCUUCCCCCUGUCCCCCUCCACGCCCACCGAUUGGUCUCGAUAUGCCCCCCCCCACCCUGCCGGGGCCCCGCGGCCCCCACCACCUCGCCUCUGGACCCCUGUGGUAUUUGUCCUGUGAGUCUGUGGCCCCCGUCUCCUUUCUAGGCUCAGCGGCUUUUCGAUUGGCCGUUCUGCCGAGCAAACACUGCGAUCGGCGGCUAGAGGAGGAGCGGCGACGGCGUUAAUGUGACUGGAAUAUAUAGUUCUUUGUAGAGUUUUAUUCUGAUAUAUACAUAUAUAUAUAUACUGUUUUUUGUAGGUGUGUGUGCGUGCGAGUGCUUUUUUGUACUUUUUGAGUUUUGUAUUCAUUUCUCCGUCUGCUUCGGUGUCAGCCCGCGCAGCCCGGGCGUAGCAUGUGACCGCGACCCCGCCGCCGGACCCCCGCUGUGCGUCUCGCACGCCCCCAUCGGUCCGGCGCGGCUUGCGGUUUUUCCCAAGCGAGCGCCGAGCAGGUUGUCAGCGUUCCCGUAUGUUCACGUCAUGGUCUAGGAACGUAACAUGAAGGCGUUCCCGUCGACGUUGUGGUAGAACCAUCUCACGCUAUCCGUAAAAUACGCCGUCGUAAAACAUCUUCUGGACCAAUGAAAUGUAAGACGUUCCGUGAUGUCACUGUCCUAGACCAUUCCAACGACAUACUAAUCGUUAGCUCUAAUGGGUGUCGAUAUUCUCUGUGAUCAAUAUUUCUAUUCAUCUUCAUCUUCAUUUUUUAUGAACCCACACCCGGUCUGCAUGCAUUUUUCUCUCUUGACGAUUUCAGAAAAGAAACUGCCAUAGUUCUUGGACCAAUGUCUGUAGAUGUUAAUUUUGUAACGUUUUUUCUUAGUGUCUUAUUUCGAAAACAUUCCUUCAUUGCAGUCUAGUGCAAAUGCUCAUAAUGUAGCACAUGUAAGUAUCUUUAAAAGAGCUACCGUAUGGUUCAAAGCCCUGUCACGAUGUCCUAAUAGAAGCAUAAAAUACAAUCAUUCUUUUAGCUGUAAGGGUUAGACUUUUGGUAUUUAAAUUGGGUUUUAAUUUGAUCAUAUAUACGAUGCUUUCUUUUUGUAAUAUAUAUGUAUAUGAUAUGUUACCAUAAACACGUAUACUAUGAUGUCGUAAAUACCAUAGAAGAUAUAAAAAAAUAACGUAAGUAAGACUCAACUUAACCGUAGAACAGAGAGCGGCGUCGUCGGGUUAGCUCUCAGCGCUAGUAGCCUCCGCUUCAGAAGCCCUGAAGCUCUUAUAUCAGAGGAGGGCCGACGUCACCGCCCCGCACACAAUAUAACCCGGGAACCCCUUUCAAACGCACAAAAGAGAAAGCUUGUUUUUGAUGGCGCUACUGUCUCAAGGCCCGGCCGCUGACAGGCCCUUAGCCGGCAGGGCCACACUUAACAAACCAACCCCCCCCCCCCCCAUUCAGCCCGGCUGGCCCUCAGAGGCACAGGGACUCGUUGGUUCUGGCGUUCGGCUACAGAACCCCAGCCCUCCGCCGGGGGUCCAGAGAGCGGUUCAGCUGAACGUGUGUGAGCGUGGGAGGAGCCUUCCCACCGACCGGCUCAAGGGCGUUCGGUGACUCUUGUUUUCUUUGCUUUCGCGUUGCGUCUCUCUCUCAGUUUUACUCCCAAUAGUCAAGGCCUUUUUUUCUUUUUUAUGUACGAUAGAUUAUAUUUAUAUAAUAGUAUAUUUUUAUGUGAGGCAGGCGCCGCGGCAGGGGGGGCGGUCCUUCGCGGUGUUCUGUCGCGGCGUCCGCCGGGUUUUUGUAACUGAGCUCCGCGCGUUAUUCACUGCCAAGUAUCUGGGGAGAGAGACCCUUAUCCUUUAGGUUGCACUUAUUUCUGUUCGUGGACCCCCGUCCUGGUCCGGUCACCUGACCUGUCGAGGGACACUCUUCGUUAUCGGUUUUCCAAACUUUUCCUAAGGUCUCACACAUCUUCACUGAACCAGAGCACCAAGCCGGGGCCCCCCGCUGUCACCAGGUGGGGCGCCCCCUGCUGUCACCAGGUGGGGCGCCCCCGGCCGCAUGCUGCCGGAUCCACCACUCUCUCUAUCCACUGCUCCUUCUGUCUACGGGCUGCAAGACAUGCACCUCCGGGGUGUGCGUGCGUGCGUGCGUGCGUGCGUGCGUGCGUGCGUGCGUGUGUGUGUGUGUGUAUGUGUGUGUACCUGCGUGUGGUGUGGUGUGUGUGUGUGUGUGUGUGUGUGUGUGUGCGCGUGUGUGUUCAGUAGUUGUAGCUCCACCUGCCUUUGGGAAUAUCCCCGGUUUAUCCCGACAGAUUAGGCUGCUUAACCGCUAAGGGCGUGUUUGUUUCCAUGGCAACCUAAGUAGCCGGGGGAGGGGGAGGGGCCGAGUUUAGAGGCCUGACGGACAGACAGACCGGGGCUCCGCCCCUCUCUGGGUGAGGAACGUUAUCGCUAUUUUUAACCAAAGACCAGAUUUUUUUAUGCUUAUGCUGCCAUUUGCCAUCAAAAACAAGUCAAAGGGAAACUCUCAAGAAUAUAAAGAAUACAAUAAGGAUACUUUUGAAGAUUCCCCUCAACAUAAGAGAGAUCUUAACGUAGAGAGAACCUCGACCCGCCCUUCUAACCCUUACAGGCGACAUGUCACGCAGACGGUAGUUCAACGUGCCCUUUGACAUAUGCAAGGUGAAACCCCAACGAUAAAGACUCCCGGGAGCGAGGACGCGAGCGUCGGGAGGUCGAGAUCCUGUACCCGAUAAUAGCACAACUCUUCUUCUGUUCCGUGUCUCCAUAGUGCUCGCGAGUGUUUUCAAAUCAAAAGACGUGUGUGACUUUUAACUCUAGAUGUUAGAUUAAAAAACUAGAAAAAAAAAAAACUACAAAAACAGCUGCAAAACAUCUGUAUCGUGUGGUGUUGUACCGGGGUUUAGUGGCGCCGGAGAGCCCAGCUCUUCAGGUUAUUACCAAGCUAACAAAAGAUUCAGCUCCAAAGGCAAACCUGUACCGUUUGAUUUUGCUGGUAUGAAUAUAUAUAUAACAUAUAUAUAUAUAUAUAUAUAUAUAACGUGUCCCAGUUCCAGCCGUCCACAGCGGCGGGAGCGUCCCAGUGGAAUCAGACGACUUGGCGUCCCUACGGAUUGGGGUAGGACCGCCGGGUGUCUCCGUACGUCCGUCCGUCCACCAGCGACCUUUGCGCGGUCGCCGUGACGACGCAGAAGUCCUUCUCUUUGCGGUCGUGUUACUUUUCGGUUUUCGUUUGGUGUGUUGUCAGGUUGUGAGAGGAGAAGUGUGCGUAUUCGAACACAACAGCACUUGUUUGUCGUUUUUGUUUAGUUUGGUUGGUUUUUGGCGGGAAACACGACGUUGGGCUAAAUGUUGUAGCGUGUUGUUGUCUUCUCCGGGAAAAAAGAUCAGAGAUCUCGAUAAAGGCUGUGUUUAACUCAUGGGGGGAGCGAUGGCCGUGUUAGUCCAGAUUAUGAGGUGCACAUUGAGAGCUUGGUUUGAAAGCACAGAGGGAGGGGGGGGACAAACAGCAUAAUAAAGAGGCUAAGGCUAACCACUAGCCCCUCAUGGCAGAGACGCAGCCUAAGGAGGGACCCUUUCGAGUCUCUGAUUCCCCCGGAGAGGGUCGCCAUUCAAGAUACAACGUCCUAGAAAUCAACUUUUAUUUUUAAAGAAAUUAUAAAAAACGAACCCCCACAUAUGACUUUUCUUUGCUCCACGUUCCAUGAUCUGUUUGUGUAAAAGCACUGUUUGGUGAACGCCAAGAACAGAGUGGGACGACGGUGGGACGACGGCGGAGGGAACAGAGUUAACCGUCGUCCAGAACGCUCCGAGUGGUUCUGUGGUUUGUGUUCGACGGUCGCUCCCGUAUCCAAUAUCAAUACCGAUAGAAAAAAACCUUUUUAUUAUUUUCUUCUGGAGAAGCGGCUGUUUAGUGUUUCUUAGGGACUGGUGGGGCUAGGGGCCCGCGUUGGCCCCGGCUGCUGGGCCUAUCAGGAGGGACGGACCCAGGGGCCGCCGGCAAUGUGCUCAGUCCAGACUUUAUUUUGUUAUUAGUUUAUCUUUUGGUUUUAUAUCGAUAGAUUUAUUGUGCUGUCAUUUGAUAUGGGAUUAGAACGUCAAGGAGUUUGCGUCUGUGUAAAUGAGUGGAAAUUUAAUUGAAAAACAGAAGUACAUAAAAUAACUGUAGUGUAAAUCUAUCAAUGUGUUAUUAUAUUGAUGAACAUCAUGAAAUAUAUGUAUAUUGGAAAAAAAUA